GAGAGAAUGAGAGCUUGAAGCUUGGAAAAGUAAAAGAAAAAGGUAGAAAGGAGAUCGAAUGAGGCGGAAGUGCAAGCUCAAGGGAGUUUCCGAUCAUCAACGAAAAUCAAGCAAGGCGAGUUAGACGUUCGAGAAUGUUUGGGAGACAAGAGGAUCAACAGAAGAACCGGCACGCUACCGAUUUGCCGUCUGCUCUGCAGAUUGCAAUGGAGCUCAAACGUAAGUAGAGGAAAAAGAAAAGUGAAAACUCGAAAGUACUGUGAAAACAGAGUAGACGUACGUUGAAGGAAGGUUGGGAGACAAGACGAUAAACAGAAGAACCGGCAUGGUACCGGGUUGUUGUGUGCUUUGGGAAUUGCAACAAUGGUCGAGUUCAAACGUCGGCGGAGGAAAAGGAAAGUGGAAACUCGAAACUACUGUAAAAACAGAGAGCCAUGCGACGUGUUCAUAAACCACAGAGGAAGCGAUACGAAGAAAAACAUUGCUGGGUUGCUCUACGAGCACCUUUCAAGGCUGGGGAUUAAGCCUUUCAUGGACAGCCGAAACAUGAAGCCUGGGGACAAGUUGUUCGAUGAGAUUGACGCCGCUAUCGGAAAUUGUAAGGUUGCUGUUGCACUCUUGUCGCCCAACUAUUGUGAGUCCCGCCAUUGUCUCCGUGAGCUCACUCUUUUCAUGGAGUCCAACAAAAGAGUUUUACCCAUCUUCUGGGAUGUCAAACCGUCAGAGCUUCGGGUUAACAACAAUGGACGCCAAUUUUCGGGUGAAGAAAUCUCGAGAUUCGAAAGGGCACUUGAACAAGUUAAAUAUACCGUUGGGCUAACCUUCGACUCGUCCAAAGGGGAUUGGUCCGAAUUCCUAGUAAAUGCUUCGAAAGUAAUAAAGAAUUUGCUUGAAGAAGAAGAUCAAUCCAAGACUAAAAGAUUCCAAAGCCUUGUUUCAAAGUACCGAUUGUUGCAUAAUUUGUGUUUAUUUAUCUUCUUUCCCGGGUGGAUUCUCAGAUGAAAAAUCUUCCAGCUACAGCUCAGGGUUGCGGCUCAGCAAGGUAACUACCUCGCCAACUGUUUUAACCGUAUGGAAGAGUGUGAAAAAUAUCCAGAGGGUCCUCUCAGGUUCAGGGGAACAACUUAGAAUGGUUGACAUCAAACAUUGACAUUGUGUUUACAUUUUUAAGGCUUCAUUAUUUUCCAUGCUCUGU